AUGGAACUAACAAAUAUUGGAAGAAACAUCCAGACAUCAUUUCAGCAACAUAAUACAAGCAUUAGUAGUAGUCAUUCAGGUUCAAUAAGAGAGGAAGACGAAGUUGAGUUGCAAUGGGCUGCAAUCGAGAGAUUACCUACCUUCAAACGGCUCAGAACAUCACUGUUUGAUAGUAAUCGCGGCAAUGGAAGCAGAACAGAACUCGGAGAGAGGAGAAUGAUUGAUGUCACGAAGCUUGGGCCGCUCAAACGACAUCUGUUCAUCGACAAGCUCAGAAAGCACAUUGAGAAUGAUAAUCUCCAAUUGCUUCAGAGAAUGAGAGAGAGGAUAGACAGAGUUGGUGUAAAUUUACCUACUGUUGAGGUGAGAUACAAAAAUCUGUCUGUGGAAGCCAGGUGUAAGGUAGUUCAAGGGAAGCCCCUCCCAACACUAUGGAACUCUCUUUUAAGCAUGAUUACUGUUUUUACAAAGGUAUUCCGUCUCAAGCAUCAAGAAGCCAAGAUCAAUAUCCUAAAUGAUGUUAGUGGCAUCAUCAAACCAUCAAGGUAA